AUGUCCCAGCUGCAUCUCGGAUAUUGGGACAUUCGCGGUUUGGCUCAGCCCAUCCGGUACCUGCUUGCCUUCAAAGAAGUUGAUUUCGAGGAAAAGCUCUACAGCUGCGGACCUCCACCCGACUUUGACCGUUCCGCUUGGUUGGACGAAAAGUUCACGCUCGGCCUCGACUUCCCGAACCUGCCGUACCUCAUCGACGGUGAUGUGAAACUCACUCAAAGCACCGCGAUCAUUCGCUAUUUGGCGCGCAAGUUCGAUCUCGAUGGAAAAUCGUGCGAGGAGAAACGCCGGGUCGACGUCAUCGAGCAGCAGCUUGGCGACGUAAAGAGGACCUGGGUCAUGCUCUGCUACAACCCGAAAUUCGCCGAGCAACGCGAUGCCUAUGAAGCUCAACUGCCCGAAAAGCUGAAGGAGCUCAGCAAGUUCCUCGGAGACCGUUCUUAUUUUGCCGGAGAUCGUCUUACGUACGUUGAUUUCCUCGCCUACGAGUACUUGGCUCAACAGCUCAUGUUCAGCAAGAAGAGCUUCGCGGAUUUCAAAAACUUGACCGACUUCAUCGACCGCGUGGAAGCCCUGCCGACAUUGAAGAACUAUCUUGCCAGUAGCGCUUGCAUCAAAUGGCCAUUGAACGGUGACAUGGCAAGUUAUGGCUCUCGCCUCACUGAGAAGCCCUUCUAAGAAUAAAUGUGUCAAAUCAACCGACAAGUUUCCGGAAAAUAAAUGAGAAAAGCUCUCAAUGCGAGAUUAA